AUGAAUCAAACAAAUAGAAUAUUCAUUUACUCAUUAUUAUUAGUCACCACACUCAUCUGUCUUGACAGGUGGUCCACAGUACAAGGUCAGGCCGCCUCAAGUUCUUGUGCUGGAUCACCUGUUACCAUCAGUCUACCAACUGGUACACCCUACAACACUAUCAAUAUCAAGCUACCGUUAAACAGUCUGGUGGUCCAAAGUAAACCAGGAACUGAGUGGGGUGCCGUACUCUAUGGUGAUGGUGAAGCACUAGGCAAGCUAUCAAUCGCACCUGGUUCAGUUACCAAUGGAGUUCUCUCUCUAGUUGUCACUGGAUCUACAACACCAGGUAUUGUACCAAGUGAUGGUAACAUUUUGAACUCUCGUAUCACCUCGACAACCAUAUUCUCAAUGAUAUCAUUGUUCCUAUCUGCACUCUUCUUGGUACCCAAAGUUCGCCUGUCACCAAUGAUCGCUACCAUAAUGAUCCCAAUGAUCUUUGUCUGCCUACCUCUACUAGUCAUCUCUGUACCCAACCCAUUGUUUUGGUGCCAACGAGGAACACUUGUUAUCACCUACCCAGCAGGUGGUCACAUACUGGUCAAUGGUCUCCAACAGCCAACAUGCUCUGCCAACUCAUCCUCACCCCAAUCAGUCCAGACACCCACAGUCAAGUAUGUCCAAGAGUUCCUCGACACGUUCUGGUUCUCAAGUCCUGCCGUUGUAGACCUUGACAAUGAUGGUGUACCUGAGUUGAUCGUCUGUGAAUCAAGAUGUCGUGUCUACAAAACCACCCCAACAAUCAAGCAGAUUCAAUCUCUGGUCGUUGGUCAACGCGUGUACGCUCCACACUGUGUCACUGACCUAGACAACAAUGGAAAGAUUGAUCUCUGCUUUGCAGGUGGUGCAACAAAGACGACGGUCAACUGCUAUGAAUGGGCAGACAACACAAACAUGUUCCAGGUCAAGUCUGGAUGGCCAGUGAGAGCGGGCACAGCUGGUGGUACAGAGGUACGAGGAAUGGCCUGUGGUGACAUUGACCAGGAUGGUAAUGUAGACAUUGUAGUGACCUCUACAGAUGAUAAUGUACAGGUCUAUGCCUACAACUAUAAUGGACAACUAAAGUCAGGAUGGCCUCGUUACAACUUGCUACAUGGAGCAGACAAUGAUGCAAAUCCAGGAUCAAACGACUUUGAUGGUCGUAACCUAUAUGGUCACGAACGUUAUGGUACCUAUGGUCUAAACGUUGGUAUUGGUAACCUUGAUGAUACUUCAGAUUUAGAAAUUGUUGUUACAUACGAUAAUCAUCAACUACAAGUAUUCAAAUAUAAUGGUAUAGCAUUGAAUGAGAAUCCAACCUAUACUCAGAAUCAUAUUGGAAACAAAGCAAAGUCUGCAAUUGGUCAACCAUUGACAUUUGGCCAACACACUCCACGUUGGACUAAAAAGGUUGUGGAUGAAUAUGUCGUCGUCAAUCAUGCCAAUGGUGAUUGUUAUCCAAAUCCAGAAUCGGAUGGAUGUGGUGGCAAUCCUCCAGCCGGCACUGGUCUCGAUGAAUGGCUUCAAUUCACUGCAUCACCUGCCUCUGUUGUGGACAUUGACGCCGAUGGAAAGGCAGAGAUUGUAGUGUUGCCAAACUCUGAGAUGGGAAUGGGUACCAACACCUACAUCACUCAGAACUAUCGUCUCUAUGUUGUUGAUGCUGCCUAUGGCAAUGGUGGAGACCCACACGUUCAAGCUACUCGCGCCGGUCUUCGUCACACUGGUUUCGAUGGCGCAGAGCCACCCGCAGGAUCAAUCCCUUCUUGUCAAAACAACACGGCCGAUGCCUCUGCCUGUCGUAUCGACAAUGAUUACCCUCCAAAGGGAGUGCCAUCACCAUCCUUUGCUGAUUUCCAGGGCACUGGUAAGCUGUUAACUGUGGCUCCCUUUGGAGAUGGAACAGUACGUGCCUUUACCAAUGCUGGUGUUCAAUCGUGGAAGUUCAACUUUGCAGCUGACCUCGGAAUUAACAUUCAAGUGGCAGCACUAGAGGCUAGUGAGGCAAUGCUUGCGGACCUCAAUGCUGAUGGUGUUCCAGAGGUUGUGUUCUCUGUGUAUGGCCGUCCAAACAAACAGGACCCCUCGAUGCAGACCACUGCCAACCAAUACAUCUACAUUCUAUCAAGCGCUGGUACUCCUCUCUACAAGCUACCAUUGUUCAAUGCCAACACUAAGGGCAAUACAGCAACCAAUGGCAAUGGCAAUGGAAUGUGUGGUGCACCAACUGUGGCUGACAUUGAUGGUGAUGGACAACUUGAAAUCAUUUCUCAUACGUUUGAUGGUCGCAUGGUGAUCUUUACUGUGCCAGGUUCAAAGACCAACUGUUUGCCGUGGCCCACUGGACGUGGUGGUUUGAUGCGCAAGGGUCAGCCAGACUACCCAUACAAUCACUAA